ACUGUGACUUCUAUGUUGCAUACGUCCAUUUGUCAGUUGAUGAAUAAUUCUAUGAACACUAUAUUCUAUUUACUGGGUUGAUUACUCUUGACGACAGGGGGAGACACUCACGGGUUUCAAUACCGGGAAAGGAAGCAAAUUAGGUAUAUUUGUCUCAUACCUGUUGCUUGUAGGUGUACGUGCGUAGUCGUUUCUGACUGUAUGAAGAGAGAAACUAGUGCUAGCGUGGUCGACAGGGAUCCUGAAGAUUCAAAAUGUUCAGUGUUCAGAUAUUAGUCUGCCUGUGUUUCUUCGCAUUUUUUGUUGCAGCUUCAGAAAAAGAAAUUAUUGCAAAUGGAACAGAAGUACCUCCAGCUGUUGGUGGAACCUACACUAUUGUUGCUCCAGCAAAGCUUAGACCGCAUCUUGAGUAUCACGUCAGUAUAUCAGUUUAUGAUGUUCAGUCACCAGUAGAAUUGACAGUUGCUGUAGCUGGACCAGCAGAUAAUGGAAACUUCAAUAACAUGAAUAGUGUUGUCACAUUAAAUUCUGGUGACACUCGGAUUGUAAAUUUUCAGAUUGGAGAAUGGGGACCAGGAAAAUACAAGUUAACAGUAUCUGGACAAGGAGGUCUUUCUUUCCGAAAUGAAACAAGUUUAGAAUAUGAGCAGAAAAGCUACUCUGUAUUCAUUCAAACUGACAAAGCCAUCUAUAAACCCAACCAGCUAGUUCAGUUCAGAGUCAUUGUUGUCAACCCUUAUCUAAUUCCAAGUGUGACAGGUGCAAUAGAUAUUCACAUUACAGAUGGCAAGGAUAAUCGUGUGAAACAGUGGAAAAGAGUGUUUACCUCAAAAGGUAUUGUGUCGCUGAAAUUCCAGUUGGCUGACCAGCCUGUUCUAGGAGACUGGGAUAUAGUGGUAAACGUUUUGGGCCAGAGUUUUAACAAAUCUUUCACCGUUGCUGAAUAUGUUCUUCCUACUUUUGAAGUGAAGAUUGACCUACCUGCCUAUGCCACCUACAGUAACUCUUCUAUUCUUGCCACUGUCAGAGCCAUGUACACGUAUGGUAAACCUGUAAAAGGAGAUCUAAUCCUUACAGUCACUUCACUAUCAAGGUACAGCAGUUUUUCAGAAAGAGAACAACAACGCAUUCAAAAGGAAGUCAGUAUCAAUGGAAAUGUGGACAUUCAGUUAAACUUGCUAAAAGAUUUAAAGUUGCAUAAGGAUACAUUUAGAGAAGAAGUAGAAUUCUUUGCUGUUGUGAAAGAAGACUUAACCAACAGGAAGUAUAAUACCACUAGUGUGUUAUGGAUCUAUGAUAAUGAUGUUAAAGUGGAACUAGUUAAAACUUCUGAAACCUUCAAGCCUGGACUAAAAUACACAUGUUUUUUAAAAGUUGCCUACCAAGAUGACACUCCUGUAGAUUACAGAGAGAACCAGCUAAAGGUGAUGUAUGGAUUCUCUUAUGAUGAAAAUGCAUGGAAAACAUCGAUGCACUGGAUACCUCAGAAUGGACUAGUCAAACUAGAUUUUUAUCCUCCUAAUCGUGAUGUCUAUGUUCUGGGGAUGCAAGCUGAGUAUCUUGGAAAUAUUCACUACAUCGACAGUAUUGAAGCAGCACACUCUCCCAGUAACAAUUUCAUACAAGUUGCCAUGCUGACUACUUCUCCAGUAGUUGGCCAAAAUGCUGAGUUUCAAGUGAAUGCAACAGAACCCAUCUCUCAGUUUGUGUAUCAGGUUAUGGGAAGGGGAGAUAUUAUAUAUGCUCAAAUGGUGAAAGUUCCUGAAGUUUCUACAUACAAUUUCAGCUUCCCACUUAAUCACCGUAUGGCUCCCAAAGCACGGGUGAUAGUGUAUUAUGUCCGUGAUGAAAACAAAGAAGUUAUAGCUGAUGCAGUCAACUUUGAAGUUGAUGGCAUUUUUAGAACAGAAGUGGACCUCAGCACAGAUGUACAAACAACAAAGCCAGGAGGUCAAAUAGAAGUGCAAGUUAAAACUAAGCCUAAUGCAUACGUUGGAAUUUUAGCUAUUGAUCAAAGUGUUCUUUUAAUGAAAUCUGGUAAUGACAUAACACAGCAGAAUGUUGUUGAAGAACUAGGAACUUAUGAUACUGGAAAAAAAAACAAAUUUUGGCCUCCCUGGUACAGGCAACGUAGAACUCGUUCUCUUUGGUGGCCAGGUUCCACAUCUGCAUCACAGAUAUUUAGUGAUUCUGGAGUUGUGAUCCUUACAAAUGGUUUUGUGUACAAGCACGAAGAACUGAUAUUCUAUAGAUCCUAUCCAGUAGCAAUGGAGGAUGACCCUUCAUUGAAAACGAUGAAUGAUGUUCAGUCUGUAAACAACAAAGACAAGUCCUCUGUCAGACUUAGAAAAUAUUUUCCUGAAACUUGGCUGUGGACUGACACAGAAGCAAGUGAUGAUGGCAUAGCUUCUGUGUCUAGUAAAGUUCCUGACACCAUUACUUCCUGGGUUGUUAGUGCUUUUGCCAUGGAUUCAGUUGCUGGGCUUGGAAUAGCACCAAGUACUACAAAGGUGACAGUUUUCCGUCCAUUCUUCAUUAAGUUGAACCUGCCUUAUUCCAUACUAAGGGGAGAAUCUGUUGCUAUUAAAGCUGUGAUCUUCAAUUACCAUAAUAAACCUAUCAAGGCUAAAGUAACAAUGGAAAACAACGAUGGUGACUUUGAGUUUACUGUUGUGGGAAAUGAAGUCACUCCUGAUCAAGGUUUACAAAAACGGAGAUCCAAAAGGAUAUCUAUUCCUGCACAAGAUGGAGCUCCAGUGUCAUUUAUAAUCACUCCUCGUCGUCUUGGUUACAUAGACAUCAGAAUGUCUGCAACUUCACAGCUUGCUGGUGAUGCUGUUUUGAAAAGGUUAUUGGUUAAGCCUGAGGGUUCAACGCAGUACUUCAACAAAGCUGUUCUUGUGGAUUUAAGGAACCCAGGCACUCCACCAAUCAAGAAAAACAUUUCUGUUCCUAUUCCCAAUAAUGUUGUCCCUGGCUCAGAGAGAAUCACAGUUUCUGGAAUUGGGGACUUGAUGGGGCCACAUGUUAACAACAUGGAAGAACUGUUGCACAUGCCUUAUGGGUGUGGAGAACAGAACAUGUUAAAGUUUGUUCCAAAUAUUGUUGUUUUAGAUUAUUUGACUCGAGCUGGACGACUGACACCAACAGUGGAGCGUAGAGCUAAAGAGUUCAUGGAAAGUGGCUAUCAGCGAGAAUUAACAUACAAACGAGAUGAAGGCUCAUUCAGUGCAUUUGGUAAUGGAGACAAGAGUGGAAGUACUUGGUUGACAGCUUUUGUUGUGAAGUCCUUCCAUCAAGCUCUUCCAUACAUAGAUAUUGAUCCUGCAGUGAUUGAGCAGUCAUUAAAGUGGUUAUCUCAGCAACAGAUGAGUGAUGGAUCAUUCAAUGAACCUGGGGAAGUCCACUUCAAACGAAUGCAGGGUGGAGCUGGGAAAGGAAUUGCUCUGACUGCAUAUGUCCUCAUAGCAUUUUUAGAAAAUCAGGCACAGCAGUCUUACUCUAAUAUCAUAAAGGCAGCAGAACGUUAUCUGAUUCAACAGUUGCCAGUUCUCUUGGAUCCCUACUCUCUAUCUAUUGUAACUUAUGCUCUUCACCUUUCUGAUAAUUCUGCUAAGGAUGAAGCAUUCCAAAAAUUCUUAAGUCUUGCUGAAAAACAAGGAGAUUUUCUAUAUUGGAAAGGAUCAGAACCAUUGAUAGACACAACUGACAAGCAUUCUGACCACUUCUUCCUACCUGAUUCCAUGGACAUUGAAGUGACAGCUUAUGCACUUCUUACAUACACUUUACGUGCUGAAAUUGGAAAAGCUGUUUCAAUCAUGAGGUGGUUGGUGUCUCAACAGAAUGAAAAUGGCGGGUUCUCAUCCACACAGGACACGGUUAUUGGGAUCCAAGCUCUUGGCCAAUUGGCUGCACGUAUUGUGACAUCAACCAUCUCUGUGAAUGUUACUUUCAGGCAUGGAAAUGGAGUAACAAGGACCAUGAACAUUUCAAGUAGUAAUGCAGUUAUCCUGCAAAGUAUUGAGCUUCCAAAAACUACACGUUAUGUUGAACUGGAACCCACUGGCUUUGGUAUAGCACUUGUUCAGGUGUCUUGGGCCUUUAAUUUGGCUGUAUCAGCUGAACAUUCUCCAUUUUCCCUAAAUCCUUUCCUUGAAAAAACUGCCACCAGAGAUUACUUACAGUUAACUGUGUGUACUAGGAAUAAUGAGGAUGAGCCAAGUAACAUGGCAGUGAUGGAUGUUACCUUGCCAUCUGGUUAUUUGGCAGAUGUUGAUGCUCUUCCUAAUAUUCUAAACACUCCCAAUACAAAACGUGUAGAGGCUGCUGAUGGCCAAACAAAAGUUAUCAUCUAUUUUGAUAAGCUUGACCAAGAUGAAAUCUGCCUGAUGGUUCCUGCUCACCUGAACAGCAAAGUGGCACAUCAGAAACCAGUGCCAGUGAUGGUGUAUGAUUAUUACAAUAGAGUGAAAACAGCCCGGAUGUUCUAUAGCCCUCAUAAUGCCACAGUUUGUGACAUCUGUGAAGAAGAUGAAUGUAGUAAAGAAUGUAAUGAAGUUAGUGAUGGUGAUGGAUCUUUUUCUCUAGAAGCCAGUGUAUUUGUUGUUCUUAUCGGUACAAUAUUGGCCAGGUGUUAGCUCAUAUUCCUAAGAAAUUGAUAUUUCAAUUUUUUUCAGACUUGUGUAAACAUGUUAUCUUGCUACAUCUUUAUUUUUCACUAGCAAGAUGCUUUGUACAAAGUAUGACUACCACAAACUUUGAAGUGUAAAGCACACUAAGUAUAUUGAUAGAAACAUUAAUUUUUGUCUACAAUCUAAAAAUAUUCUUUGUGGCUUUCAACUGUUACUAUUUUACUUAUUGUGUAAAAUAUGUAAAUUGAAUUAUCUUUUUUUUAUAGAAUGUGGAGUCGUAUUGAGUCAGUAAUGUUUUUUUUACUGUAAUUUUAUAUUAUAUUUUUAGAAAAUUAAACUCCAUAUUGAUGUGCGUGUGCCAGUUGACAGUGAUUAAAUAACAGGCUUCUAAAGAACUUGACAAGUUUACUUUUACUACAAUCAUUAAUUAAACAUUUUAAUGCUCAAUGAAAUACGUAUUGUUAAUAUGGUGAGAUUUCACUUCAAAAUUUCAAAUGACAAAAACGGAUGAAGAAAUAACGUAAAUGUGAAAAUUCAGCAAUGAUGAGUUUUGUUUUAAAACAUCAAUAAAUAAAUAGUGAAAUUUAAACACUAGGUUGUCCAUGUAAAGUGUCUUAUAAAAGCAUACACAAGUAUGCAUAUUUUACUAACUCAAAAUAUAGUGUUUUUAAAAUAAGAUCAGCUACAAUGUAAAAAUUGUACUGAAAUAAACUGUAUUUUAAGCUUGU